AUGCUUCAACGUUCUAUACUUGUCAUAGCUGUACUGUUGUUGGGCGGCGCUGCUGCCACAAUACCGAGCAGAACCUACUUGCCACCCCAAUACGUCGCCCAGCCGCAGCUGACCGUGCAGCGUCCACAGAAUGUCUACCUGCCACCUGCAGCUGCCUAUCGCCAGGUGAGCCAAUUGAGCCGUGUGGUAUCGAUACCAGAACGCACGUACUUGUCACCCUCCGUUCAGAUCGGACAGCCGCAAUAUAUAUCGCGACCUCAGCUGGUUGUGCAGCGUCCGGUGGUGCAGCAGGUGGUGCGUCCCCUCAAUGUCUAUCUGCCACCGGCUGCUGUGCAACGCCCAGCCAUAUCCAUCCUGUCCCAGCCACAGUAUGCCUCGCCAUCUCGCACAUAUCUGCCGCCCCAAGCAGCUGCAUCCGGCCUGGAGGAGCAAUACGAUAUUGAUUUGCGUGGACUUACUCUGGAUUUAAAGCUCACCACAGAUGAUCGAUUAUCCUUGCAGCAGCACUUUGUCCUGGCUCUGGCUUUGGUGGGUUGCGUAGCCGCCGAGUCGGGCUACAAUUAUGCAGCUCCCGGCUCCGCUGUGGCUGCCUCCGUUGCGGCUCCAGUGAAAUCCUAUGUGGCACCUCAGGCUCAUCAGUUUGCGGCUGCUGCCUCUGCUCCUGCUCCAGCUGCAGCUCCAGCUCCAGCUGCAGCUCCGGUGUUCCAUGCCGCUGCAUCCGCUCCAGCUCCGACCAGAACUUAUGUGCCGCCUGCUCCAGCUCCUGCAGCCCAUCACGCAGCUGCCUCUGCUCCCGUGCAGUCCUUUGUCCCACAUCAUGCUGCUGCCUCUGCUCCCGUGCAAUCCUUUGCUGCUCCAGCUCAGAGUUUCCAAUCUGUCGAUUCCUCGGAUUCCAACUAUGAAGCAGCUGCCUCUGCGUCUGCUCCUGCAGUCGCUCACUCCGGAUACGAGUACAGAACUGUGCGUCGCCGCGUCUACAGGCAUCGCGCCUAA